AUGGCUUGCGCGCCGUCUGUGAAGCUCUCAAACGGGGUCCCCAUGCCUCAGCUUGGCCUUGGCGUGUGGAAAUCCGCGGAGGGCGAGGAGACAGUCCAUGCCGUGAAGUGCGCUAUCAAGGCCGGAUACCGUCACGUGGACACUGCCGCCAUUUACAAGAACGAGAAGAGCGUUGGCAAGGGCAUUGCUGCGUGCGGUGUCCCGCGCGAGGAAAUCUUUGUUACAACGAAGUUAUGGAACGCCGACCAGGGCUACGAGAAAGCUCUGAAGGCCCUCGAGACAAGUCUGAAGAAGCUCGCCCUGACCUACGUUGACCUCUACCUUAUUCACUGGCCGGGGAAAGACAAGUACCUGGACUCCUGGCGUGCACUGGAGAAACUCUAUGAGGAGAAGAAGGUUCGUGCCAUUGGUGUCUGCAACUUUCAGAAGCACCACCUUGAGGAGCUGCUGAAGCACUGCAAUGUGCCUCCCAUGGUGAAUCAGAUUGAGCUCCAUCCGCUGAACAACCAGAAGGAGUUGCGGGAGUACUGCAAGGCGAAGAAUAUUGUCGUCACAGCCUGGUCCCCGCUGGGGCAAGGCAACCUUCUUGUGGACCCUAAGCUGAAGGCCAUUGCUGACAAGUACGGCAGGACCCCCGCGCAGGUCAUGCUCCGCUGGAACGUUCAGCAUGACCUCAUCACCAUUCCCAAGUCGACACACGAGAGCCGCAUAGUGGAGAAUUCCAAGAUUUUUGACUUUAAGCUGGCGCCGGAAGACAUGAAUGCCAUAGACGCAAUGAAUACAAAUCACCGCUAUGGCCCACACCCGGAUGAGUUCAUGUAUGACUUUGAGUAA